AUGUCCAAAAUUGCCAAGCAAAUAUAUUCAAGUGCCACAAACAAUAAAACACUAAGCGUAGCCAAGCCCCGAUUGUUAUAUUACGGUAUGACCGGCCUGUUUGUUGUUGUGGUUGCGCUUCUUUUUUACCAGAGUGUUACCUGGUCAAUUUAUGACCCCAGUGAUAACGCUGAUUUUGAAAAACCAACUCAAUACAUCUUUUAUCACAACCGAUACCUCCAUGCCGCCCUAUGUAUCCUCUCUCUAGUCUAUGGUGUUGAUACUUCCGAUCACCAUAAUGUCCCCUGGUUGUGUGCCCUACAUGAGAUUAAGUACUAUCUUCUUUGGGCCACCUUGCCUAUUACUCUAGUUAUAGUUCCCUCUCUUAUCUAUACUUACAUCCUUCAAAGCCACGGCAACUAUUUCCACGGCCUAGCCCAACUAGUCAGCAUUCCGUUUUGGUCCCAAAAUGCCCUCCCAGGGCUCUUUAUCGGCCACUUACUACUUGGUAUUCCCCAACUCAAAAGACACCAACACUCCCUACCCGCCCCACCUAUUGGUGAAUACACAGCCCCAACUAUACUAACUGCUUUAUAUUCUUUAUUAGCUUACAUCUCAUUUGCUAAACCAGCCUUCACUCUAUCUACAUUCACCUCUCUUUUCACUACUCUCCCCAAUUGGCGACUGAUUGGCCUCUUUGUCUUCUAUGAAUUCUUGGUUCUUUCUGCCUGUAAUGUACUCAGCUCAAUCAUGCUUCGUAUUAGUGGAAAGUCCAACUGA